CCUUCCAACCAAUUAAAGAGAGCACAAAAGAUUAAGCACAAACUAGAGAAUAGUAAAUUUGCUCAACUUUUUCUUUUCAUUAUAACAAUCAUGGCAACUUCAAUGGUCAUUGGAGAUGGAAUUCUCACACCAUCCAUUUCAGUUCUUUCGGCCGUCGGCGGGAUAAAAAACAAGAGCUCGUCACUUGGCCAAGGUGCUGUUGUUUGGAUCUCAAUAGGAAUCCUGAUCAUUCUCUUUGCUGUCCAAAGAUUUGGCACCGAUAAAGUAGGCUACGCAUUUGCCCCUAUUAUCCUGGUGUGGUUUUUAUUGGUUGGAGUCAUAGGUCUUUACAACUUGUUAAAAUAUGAUAUUAGUGUAUUGAGAGCAUUGAAUCCAAUGUACAUUGUGGAUUAUAUGAAAAGGAAUGGUAAAGAUGGGUGGCUUUCUCUUGGUGGAAUCUUUCUGUGCAUUACAGGGUCCGAGGCCAUGUUUGCAGACUUGGGUCACUUCAAUGUGCCAGCAAUUCAAAUUAGUUUCUCUUUCAUCGCAUUUCCUGCCCUAAUAUGCGCAUACAGUGGACAAACAGCAUAUCUCAGAAAGUUCCCAUCCCAAAUUGGGAAUACAUUUUAUAACUCAAUACCUGAUCCAAUAUUUUGGCCAACAUUUGUUGUGGCUGUCUCUGCUGCUAUCAUUGCAAGUCAGGCUAUGAUUUCAGGGACAUAUUCAAUUAUCCAACAUUCACAGAGUUUAGGAUGCUUCCCUAGGGUUAAGGUUGUACAUACCUCUACCAAGCAUGAAGGUCAAGUAUACAUACCUAAGAUCAACUACUUUCUUAUGAUCUCCUGUGUCAUAGUCUGUGCUGCCUUUAGAACCACAGAUAAUAUUGGUCAUGCUUAUGGAAUUGCCGUGUGCAUAGUAAUGCUGGUCACAACAGGCAUGGUUGCUCUCAUAAUGCUUGUUAUCUGGAAGACAAGAAUAUUGUGGAUAGCUCUUUUUGUUGUGAUAUUUGGUUUAAUAGAGAUUGUGUAUUUAUCCUCCAUGCUAACUAAAUUCGCUGAAGGAGGCUUUCUUCCUUUGGUACUUUCUUUAGUCUUGAUGUCCAUUAUGGGAAUCUGGCAUUACACACACAGAAAAAUGUACUUAUUUGAGCUCAAGAACAAGGUUUCUGGUGAAUAUGUAAGAGAACUAGUAAGCAAAAGGGUCAUAUCUAGAACUCCAGGAGUAUCACUCAUAUUCUCAGAACUAGUUGAAGGAGUUCCACCAAUAUUUGCUCAUGUUAUUUCCAACAUAUCCCACAUUCAUGCUGUAGUAGUGUUUGUUUCCGUGAAGUCCAUUCCUAUAAGCAAAGUUGGCUUAGAUGAAAAAUUUCUUUUCGGACAAAUUCAACCAAAAGAGGACAGAAUUUUCCGCUGUGUUGUGAGGUAUGGCUAUAACGAUGUGAUUGGAGAACCAAACGAAUUUGAGCAACAACUGAUAGAACAACUAAAAGAAUUUAUUCGCGAUCAAAAUGUUACUAGUUUAAUUGAGGGAGAAGAAUUUGAUGUUAAACAAACAAACAGUGACAAUUUUGUGAAGGAUGGGAAAGAUCCUUCCAAUAGAAUAGUGCCAACAUCAACUUCUUCAAAUCAAGGGGUUGAUGUGUCUAGUACUUCAUCAGAUUCUAUUCAUUCAUAUGGAAUAAUUAGUAUAAUCUCUAAUCAAAAUCUGCAGGGAGUGGAAGAGGAGAUAUCCUUUGUUCAGAGAGAAAUGGAGAAAAAUGUGGUGUAUAUGCUCGGAGAAGCAGAAGUGGUGGCGGAGCCUAACUCAUCCAUACUUAAGAAGAUAGUUGUAAAUCAUAUUUACAAUUUCUUGAGGAGAAACAUUAGGCAAGGAGAAAACUUAAUGGCAUUCCCACGUUCAAGACUUCUCAAAAUUGGAAUGACAUAUGAGAUAUGAUAACACACUUUGUGAACUUAUUUUAAAUCUUCCCCGAGCUUGGUGGUUAGCAUUGAUCUUGGAAUAAGUAGAGUGCCUCACCCCUAAGCUUUUGUUUACUAGUAAAUAAAUGAAUGGUGUACUUCAAAUGAUAUGAUUUUAAAUAGUUUAAUUUGGUGAAAAUUUUCUAUAUGUAUAUUUGGUUGAAAAUUUUCUAUAUGUAUAUAUGGCUGUUGUGAAAUAUUAAAUAAAGCUUUUGUCCUGUGACAAUUGGGUAUAGUUUUAUGUUUUUUCAACAGUAGUAGUUUUACCAAAAGAGGAUAAUAAAGCCUAUUCAUGAAAAA